AGGGGGAGCCGGAGUCAGAGGUUCCGGGCUGGCUAGUCAGUCAGCGCGGAGCUGUCGGUCGGUGGGUCGGGAUGUCGCUGAGCGAGCAGAGGCUGCCGCGCCGCGCCCAGGAGCCGGUUCCGGACGCCCAAGCCAUGGCUAGAAUGCCGGCAUGGAAGAGGGAGAUUCUGGAGCGACGGAAGGCUAAGCAGGCGGCGGACCGAGCCCGAACCUCAGCUGCCAGCGGCUGGGCGCAGAGCCCGGGCGCCAGCCAAGGGUCGAAGCCACUGCUGGAGCAGGCGGAGGACGGCGGCUCCGUGCUGUUGGAGAGCAUCGCUCCGGUCCAGGAAAACCCGUUCAUCAAGCGGGAGAGGCGGCAGCGGCGGCAGGGGGACCGUGAGCCAGGUGGCGGCGCGGCCCCGACCUCAGGCCGCUCGGUGCCGCGGCUCCUGGGGCUGUACAGCCACAUCCCGGGCGUCCGCACCAUCCGGGCCGACAACAUCAUCAUCAUCGAGUCCGACCCCGACUACUUCUCCGAGGCCAGCCCCAGGCACGCCGACUCGCCGCGUGUCGGCAGCUUGAGCGAGCUGUUGCCGCGGGACGGCGAGGCCGGUGUGACCGAGAUCCGAGCCGACGAAGUGUUCGUCUACGAGGCGCCGCUGAGCCGCAGCGAGGAGAAUCUGAGCACCCUGACCACCGAGGAGGCCGGCUCGGGGCACCUGCACGGCAAAGUCAGCCGCUUGCUGGAGAAGUUUGACCAAAACUACGUGAAGCCAGCCCGGUCGAGGAGCACGGAGAAUCUGCUGGACGGAUUCUCCGCCAAGGACGGACGGAGCAAGCCACCCGUGAUGCCAAAACCUUUAGUCCUCUCUAAACACAACUACGGUUCAGCACGGUCGGAUGCCCAGUCUAGAUCCUGGGGCAGCUCGCUCUCGGAGGCUGGGCGAUCACCCGGUCCUGUCGUGAGCAGCGUGUCUCCCUCUCAUUCCAAAACACUCCCGUUGUCGUCCCCCAUAAGACACCCUUCCUCCGUGUCUCCAGGCGCUACGUCUUCCCUUCCCCGUGUUGCCUUGAAGGAUCAAGGUACCAGCCUUUCUGAAGAUAGACCUUACUCUGUGUCGUCUUAUCGUAAGCAGUUUGAAGGUUUGCACACUGAUGGAUGGCAGAAGGAUUUGCACCCUUGGAAAUCCCCUUCACAGAGGAGUAACGAGAAUGGUUUGAAAGAUUGCACCAGCAAGGGAAGUAAGGUAAUAGAGAAUGGUCUUCCCGAAGUUGAUUUUGUGAGGAACCAUGUGAACUCAGUGAAGGAUGGGGAGAUAGCACACCAAUAUCCGUCAAACGCAAGUGAUGUUGGGAAUUGCCAGGUGCCCACUCCUCUUAAAGCAUCUGGUGUGGAAGUCUCCAAAGGAACUGAUAAAUGGGGGCCAAAGUAUGAAAUGGAUUCUGGAAAAUCUCCCAAAUCGAGCCCUGAAGCACCCUCACUCACUGCGGCUGAGGUUCAUUGUGCCCCUCUGCCUGUGGAUCCCACUCCUCUGGGGAAAGUGGAGGGUGCAGCCAAAGUCACUCCAAACCUAUGCAAUGGUGUGUCUGCUUCCACCAGUCUCAACAACACCUUUGAGAUCGUUCCUGCCACUCCGCCAGAUGCUGCGUCCAUUCCAGAGGAUGAUAUCCAAGCAAGAGCGCUGGCAAAUCUUAAAAAGCAAUCCAAGAACUCAUUUGUUGUGAUUCCAAAGAAAAGAACGGACACCCCUGUGGCAUCCAGGAAUGUUUGUGAUUCCAGGGAAGUGAGCAAUAAAUCUGAUGAAAAGCCAAAACCUGAUGUUAAUGCUUCUGCGCCCACUGUGAUUCAAACAGACAGAAGUUCAGGCGAGCCAGAGGAAAACGAUCAAAGGAAAGAGGACCUGUCUGAUGAAGAAUCUCCUCUUUCCAGAGCAGAUUUUGAGAUGAAAGAGACCUUGAGUAAACCUACAUCAAAAGGUAGUUAUGAUGUGUAUUCCAGGCACAUGAAUGCCCAGCUUUCAUCGAGUGAAGAAACAUCAAGCAUAUUGCCCACCGAGUUGUCAGACGCAGAGCAGGAUGCUGAAUCUGCUGUAGUACUGAUCAGAAAAGGUGACCUCCCUGUCACUAACAUAGAUGAUAUUUUACUUACGGAAGAAACCUCGAAACAAUCAGCCAUCGAAAAGCCAUCUGUAAAAAAGGACAAGUCUCCCAGUGAAUCCUUUGGUGGGCUACACCCCCCCUUUAUGCAACGGAAGAGUGGAAAUACCUUCACUGUUGUCCCUCAGCGAAAGCCAGCAAACAGUAGCCAAGAAGCUCCUGCCCACACAAGUGAGAUCUCUCCUGACAAGCAGCCAACUGAGGAACUUGCCAAACUGGGGGCAUCAUUAAAGAAACGUUACCCAGCUGCUGAAGAUAUUCAGGUGAUAGGAGGCUACCUGUCGUUGGAGAAAUCCUGUUUAUCUAAGAGUGGCUCCACCAGAAAGAAGAUGAAGAUUUCUUUCAAUGAUUCUAGUCUGCACACAACAUUUGAGUAUCCCUCUGAGAACUCGCUUAUUCAAGAGGAGGAAUCUGAAGCGAGUGAGGAUGACGAAGAGGAGCAGCUCUCGAUGAGCAGCUUUCUACGUCCCAGCUACACCAGCUCUCCCACGUCUGUGAGCAACAGCGUGGCCUCAGACCUGUCGAACUACAUGCCUAAACACACAAUGCCAUUUGAUACAUGGCAGGAGCAGAAGCUAAAUGAAAACUUGCCCAGUGGGGACAGCUUGCUGCAGAAUAAUGAAUCCAUGACAGAGGACAGCAUGCUCACACCAGCAGACAGCAGCUCCCAUUCGGAUUACAGUAGUGAACCAGCAUUGUACUUCUGAUCAGAAGGAGAUGGGACCUAGAGACAGUAACAGUGCUUUUCUGGGACAACUUUGCCAGGAAUGAUUAGACUGGCAAAUGCAGGCCACGUGCCACCUGAGAUGUGGCCAGGUGCCCUUCGAAAAGCUCACCCUCCCAAUCGCUGCUUUUUGUGGGCCACACUUGCAUGUCCCAGGACCAAGGUUAAUUUCAAGAGAGACUCAAUUUGCUUCCAUACAUUCCUUCAGGUAUCUCCUGUGCCUACGAGGAGAUCCAUCUCCAGAUUACUUGUGAGUCACAGCGGUGCUUAUGUGGCAGCCUUGAGGCUCAGAGAUUUUUUUACUGACACACUGAGUUUGCUAUGUUUGCACUUGCUCUUUAAGGGCUCUGACCUGUUUCUAAAUCAUUCCCGGAUACUGCCAGACAAUGGAUGUUUGAAGCUUAUACUGAAAGAUGCUGACUACUCAAUUCUUCACUGGAGAAUUUCAUUUUGUCCUGUCUUUUGUGGCUUUGGCCACCUUUGUCUUUGAAUAUUGGGUACUGAACUUAGUUUGUGUUCUCAGCAGUUGCUUCCAGUUGUAUUUGAGACGGCAAUAUCAUGAAGUGUAUAUAAUGAACCUUUUUGUCUGUAACUUCCAUUAUGCCACAGGUUUAACCGAUGGUGGUACUGGUCUAAGGGUUUGUCUGUUUUUGUUUUUGUGCUUGUCUGAGUUUCCUUAAUGAUAUAAUUAACCGUCCUGGCAUUUGACUUCCAACUGCCUCCUGGUGAGGCGUAGAGGCUGCGAGAGUGCCAAACCGCUUUGCAUUUGAAGGUGGAAUUUCUUUAUGGAAUGAGUUUAGUGCCAUGCUUUUACUGGUUAGUUUGGGCAGCGGGAGCGAGUUGCUAAAUUCAGAAGGGUUAAGAGUGGCGUUGAAUUUUUCUGUGCACCUGCUACUCCUCAGGAAUGAAAGUAUGUUAAUGCCUCAAGUGAGAUGUUAGAUUUUUGUGAGGCUUCAAACAGUGAUCGAGGACAAAGCUCGUCUCUGUUUGUGGAUUCGUUUAAAUCUCGUUUACACGUUCUGUACCUGGCGUACAAAGGUCCUUGUAAAUUGGACCUGAUAUCAAUGACUGCUAAUGAGAGCAAAAGUGUGGGAAUUGAAGCAGAAAUCACUUCUAGGCUGCUUGUGGUAUGAUGCCACACCUAAUUAAGGGAUGAUUUUGUGUUGAUUCGUGCAGACUUUCCUAUACAAAUAAGAAAUUUAUUCCCAGAUCUUAUGUGAGACCUGAAAUUCUGUUUUACUCUUGUCUACUGAAAUGGUCAUGUGCACUGCUGUAAUGGUGAAAGUCUGUAAGACAUGCUGCUUUAGCCAUUGCUAUGGAGGCUGCUGUUCUUUGAGCUGGAAUGUGUCAGAGCUGGGAAGCAGUUAAUGACAAUACUAAUUCCAAUGCUGCAGUUACUAAAGAGAAAGCUGGAAAGAAAAACUAACGACUUGGAUUGUUCUCCAGUCAUACUGGCUGAAUUGUGUGUAGAAAGUUGUUUUGCUUGUAUUUGACAUUAGCUGUCAGAGCAAUGUGGAAAGGUGCCGAGAUAAAUGCUGGGCUGCAUUAGUUCCAUGCCAGUUUCCCAAUUGUUCGAAUAAGUAUGUUUCUUAAUUCAUUGGGAUUCGGGGCAAUGGACCAUGAGUGAGAAUCCUCAAGACCUGGGUAACUUCAGUUUCCAGAGAAUAUAGAAUGCAAUUUAAAAAGUCUAGCGCAUUACAGCUUCCUAAUUAUAAUUGGGUUUAAAAUGUUAGAUGAGGAGUUGGAAAUCAAACAAUUGCACUAGAUUAGCCUGAUGUUAUCUGGUUCUUUGGUGCUCCAUAAGGUAGACUCUUCAUUCAUGUUGAAAUGUAAACUUGCAGAAUGCACUCCUUUUCCCCGGGUUUAAAGCCUGCUUGGGUUGAGGUGCUUGAAGAAACCUGUCUGGCAGCUUUAUGUUGAAGCUAUUUUCAAGUACUCUCCCUGUUCCCCCCCCCCCCCCCCCCAAGGUUUUUGGACAAAAACAUUGGUCUAAAAACAUUUGCAAUUUUAUUCCUAGUUAAGGAGCCAUCUCCCUCAGGUUGAUGAAUGAGAGCAAAGAUCAUCCACAGGUGGUCAGGGAUGAUGUAGAGGGGUAGGCAUUUUUCUAAUGCUGGUGUUAAGAGUUGAGGCAGUGUCAUAAUUGUGUAAAAGGAUGCGUGAAAUUAUUAUAAACUGAUCUGCACUUCAAUACCAAAUUGUCCGCUUUGAGACUAUAGUCACUGUGCUUGUUUUUCUGUCUGAGGGUGGGUUUAACUUUGAGUGCAAGUUGACUGCCUGUUAAUGUGUCAAUUAUUUAGGUGCAGACAUGAAUGAGGUAAAGCCAUUACUCAUCCACCCUCUGCUUUUUUCCCACUCCCGCCCAUGUUCUGCUGUAAUCCCAUGGAAUUGUGACACAAAAUUAAAAAGAGAAGCACACUGGAAAAUUAAAAAAAAAAUCGUCAGGAGAGGGAACCAGGCUAAUCUUUUGGGUAGACUUUUGUGAUCAAAACAUUGUCGAGCAAAAGAUUUCUACCUACACAAUUGACAUUUUUACUGUUUUAAGUGCUAACAGCACACCUAUAUUGAAUAUAUUCUACUUUUAUUAAUAGAAAGCUAGAGCUUCAGCUGACAGUUUACAUUAGAGCUACACGUUUUUGAUUAACAGUUCCGAGCACAAGGGGCCUACACCAUCUGACCGAUCUGAAGAAUUUUUGAAGAAAAUUAACCAUUCUCUCUACUUAAGUCAACACUCCAAAUAGCACACUCCAAGUACUCUAAGACCAACUAACAGCAUUCUUAUUAGGAGAAAUUUAUAGCUCUGGGUGAGUUGUAAGCAUUUUAUUCACAUACAGUGUUUGAAUAUAGAGCCUUCUGUGAUUUUUGACACAGAUCAGCAUGUUUGACAAAAAGGUUAUCAAAGGAGGGAUGAAUUCUGUGUGCACAUACAAAAACACUUAGAAAUUGCUUGGCAAGCCAGGGGAGUGCAUCAUCUUAGAUCUGGAUGCCAGGGUGAAACUUGUUAUUCCAGGAAAUUCCAUAUGCACUAUACAAUUUUGCACUUAGAGAAUGAACUGUAAGGAAGAAGUGGAACUUGCCACCGUCCAGUCAUAAGGCCAAAUGUGUUGCUCUUUUAUUAACACUCACCGUUAAUGCAAAUGCUAAGAAAGCAUGUUGUUUAAAAAAACACCUCAAUUAUGGACACGACAGUCUACUAGCGAAGAGUUUAUUUCAUUAUAGUUAUAUGCAAUGCUUAUUUUGAUAGAAAUUUUGUAUUUUUGGUUGUAGAUGUAAUAUAAUGAUUUAUGAUUUUCAGAGAUGUGAUUUAAAAUAAAAAAAAAUACACUGGC